GAACGGGAGCCUGGCGGGGUCAGCCCUCGACUAGCGGCCUGGCAAAUGGCUGUGUGGAGCUGGGGAGGCCGCCUUGGCCUGCGCAGGUAUCUCGGCGCUGGCAGGAUACUGUGUCUCCGUUUCCAGAGCCGCGGCCCUCAGGGCGUGGAAAACGGGGAUAGGUCACAGUGUUCCUCGAAGACACCUAAGAUCCCUAAGAUUUACACCAAAACAGGAGACAAAGGGUUUUCUAGCACCUUUACUGGAGAAAGAAGACCCAAAGAUGACCAAGUGUUUGAAGCUGUGGGAACGACAGAUGAAUUAAGUUCAGCUAUUGGGUUUGCUAUGGAAUUAAUCACAGAAAAAGGCCACACAUUUGCUGAAGAGCUUCAGAAAAUCCAGUGCACGCUGCAGGACGUUGGCUCCGCCCUCGCAACACCUCGCUCCUCGGCCAGGGAAGCACAUUUAAAACACACCGCGUUCUCAGAAGGGCCGAUCCUGGAGCUGGAGCAGUGGAUCGACAAGUAUAGCAGCCAGCUCCCACCUCUCACGGCCUUUAUUCUGCCUUCAGGGGGCAAGAGCAGCUCCAUGCUGCACCUCUGCCGGGCUGUGUGCCGCCGAGCUGAGAGACGCGUGGUGCCUCUUGUCCAGAUGGGAGAGACUGAUGCAAAUGUGGCCAAGUUCUUAAACAGACUCAGUGACUACCUCUUCACAUUAGCCAGAUACACAGCCAUGAAGGAGGGGAAUCAGGAAAAGAUGUACAAGAAGCCCUGACUGCUGCGAAUGAGCCCGAGGCACUGGAGAUAAUGGCCAGGCAAGGCAUCUUUGAUCCCUCAGUGGUGCUGAUGCCUAGAGGUGAAGAGAAGAGUUUGCCCCCCACUGUCCAGGUCCUUGAAGGUCUCCCCCAGGGGGCUGGACGCUGACCUUUGUCCAGACUCAGCUUUGGUCCCGGGCCCCUGCCACGUCCCCCAGGGAACUGUUCCAGAAUCCUGCCCCUGCUCAAGGCUCUGCUUGGCCUCAGGGAAGGUGGGAAUGAAUUCAGUAUUGUGGAAUGAGAAGGAGCCCUGCGGAAAAAAGAAUAAAAGUGGGAAAGGCUUGAGCGUGUGAGAGAGAGAGAGAGAGAUAGAGCACUUGCGAGUGUGCGUGAGAGUGCCCAUGAGCUUGAGCGACUGUGUGCUCAGUUAUUCAAGGAUUUGGACUGCUACCAGAGGCCCUUGGAAAUGUAAUUGUGAUUUACCUGUGCCAGAGGAGCUUUAAAUGUCACAUUUAUAAAGGAGAAGCAGACAGGAUUUGGAAGUUUAGUCACCUCUGAGCCACCCAUCACCACUGAAGUGUGAGGAGAAGGCUGGCUGCAGAUUUA